AUGACCGAUGAUGAUGAUGGCUUGUCCACCUACGGUCUGGCGCUGCUCGGAGCAGGAGCAGGUGUUGCCGCCGGGAUUCUUGUCAAGGCCUUCAAGAUAGUUUUGCACGUCUGCCUGGAGUUGGUUUGGCUCCAUCUUCCACAUUCUUUGGAGGAUGCUGGCUGGACUGCAGAGGUGCCAUUUGGGCUUUGGAAUCUCCCAUGGAUCUUGGGAGCUUUAUUUGGACUGGCGGUUGGAACUCUGCGGCAAUCGCUUCCACCCUCUGCAGUUACAACAUUGGGCAUUUGGGUUCGUGAGCUUCACGGCCCUCGCGGAUCUGCGGAACCAGGUUCAUGGCUGGCGCAGCUGGUGGUCGCAGGUCUUCUGACAGCUCUCAGUGGGGCAGCUGUCGGGCCAGAGCCAAUUGUCAUCAUCGUCCCCAGCGUCCUCUGCGGAUUCUUUGCUCGAGGGCUCUUGAAACAGCCAGCGCGCGUGGUACGCGUUGCUGCAUUGGCAGGUGGUGCGGGUGGCCUCAGUGCCUUUUUCGGGCUGCCGCUGGCGAGCGCCUUCCUGGUUCUGGAGGUUCCGCACGUGGAUGGUGCAGAAUUUGCCAUGGAGGCUUUGCCCGCUUGCGUGGUCGCAAGCAUCACGGGCACUUUAGCUGGAGAUUCCAUAUGGCAUCCAGCCUCGCUCCUUGGGAACAGUCGAUUUGGGUUUCCGGGAAGCAGUCCAUUGCACGCACAGCGACCAUUUGGCGUGGGAGCGGUCCUUUUCGCUCCGUUUGCAGGCAUGUGUGGAGGCUUCGCGUCUCACCUGCUGAUCGCCUGCAUGAAAUCAUUGCACCAGAUCUUCAACUGGGCCCGAAGCAUCGGGCCCUGGAAGCGUUUGCAGCGGAGGAGGAUAUACUUCCCUCUCUUUCUGGCCGGCAUAGGAGCAGUCAACGGUGCUCUGGGCAUCUUGUAUCCCAGCGCGCUUUGGUGGGGAGAGGACCAGCUUCAGGUGGUUCUGACUCGCGGCUGUGAAGAAGUUGCUGACUUGUCAGAAUGUGUGCCCGUGAAGUUGCCCUAUUGGUAUGACAAGCUGCAGGCUAAUGUGGCGGUCCAGGCGUCCCCUGGCCGUCCCAUGUCUACGCAAGCAAUGGUGGGUCUUGGCAUAGUCAAGAUGGUGAUGAUCAGUCUUUGUGAGGCCGAGCUUGAGAUGUGGGCUGCUUUGAUGGAUGCAGCUGUGCCAUGCUUUUCUGGCUGGCUCCUUUGGUUCAGCCUUGGGGUCUACUUCUUGGAUCGCCUCCUUGGGAGGCACGAGUGCACUGCGUGGGACGGCUUGUUGCCUUCGAUGCUGGUUUGCGCUUAUCAGCAGCAUGGCUCCCAUGACCAGGUGCGCCGCUUCGAUCGCGUGAGGCAAGUGAGGAUGGAUGCUGUGGCAGAGAUGCAGAUCAAAGUGAAUCCACCGCAGAUGGAGAGCCAGAUUCACAGUCGGGCGCGGAAGACGUGGAAGAGGGUGCUGCAGGAAGCCAGGUCAAAGCACCGUCGGAGCUUUGCAGAUCAGAAGAGGUUAAGGUGCGUUUUCGCAGAUCUUUUGGAGGGCUUGAGCUGUUCUUCUUGUGGCCUGGUCGAGAGUCACAAGGGCAGUCUAUGUGCCAAGCAGGCAAUACUUCCAAGAGACUUUGCCGACCCCAGCGUGCCAGUGGUGCCAGCUUCUAAGCUUGAGAACGCAACGUUCAUUGUAUGUUCAUUGUGUGAUGAGCUGCAGGCAUCCAUUUGCAACUUCCUCGACUGCUGUGCUGCGGCGCCCAGGAGUGACAGCAGCGGCAUUCUGAGACAUAAUUCUUAUGCAGGUGGAGUCGAUCGGCCUGUGUGGCUGCAAAGUGACAACCACCUGCAUCCAAAGUUUUGUGGUUACAGGCUGCAGGAGCCCGGGACAAUGCCUUGCCUUGAUCGCUUCCCGUUCGAAGAGUUGGGUAGCAAUGUGCCUUCUCACUGGGAGUACAUGCUUCCUGGCGGCUGCGAUAGCGAAAGGGCUCAAUGCCGUGAGCUUCGUGAGCGUGUUCGGCAUGUAGAUGGUGCGAAGGAUGCGGUGACGAUGCUUCGUUUUCUGCGUGCACGUCAAGGACGUUUGGAUGCUGCAGCAAAGAUGUACGAGGAAGCCAUGAGGUGGCGCAGGCAGACGGGCUACGAGCUCGGGUUUCGGAUGAACAGCAGGGAUGAUUGGCUGCACAGAAAGGUUGACAGUUGUUGGCCCCCGACUGCCAUGCUGGGCAAGGACCUGGAUGGUGAUCCCGUCUACUGGAACAGGAUGGGCCUUGGUAGUAUGGAUUUCCUGGAGCAGGUUCCAACAGAGUUCCUGAUACAGCACGAGGUCUACACAAUCACCCGUAUUAUGCAGGCCUUGGAAGAGGCAUCGCGGCUCAGCAAUCGACCUGUGAUGUACUUCACGGUGGUGGCCGAUCUUGGUGAACUCAGUCUGCGCAAUUUCAAUAUCAAAGGAAUCAUGAAGUACAAGGUCUGUGUGCGGACAUUGGAAGACAAUUAUCCAGAGCUUGUGAAACGAAUUAUCGCAAUCCGUGUCCCACGCAUUGCUUACACGCUGUGGAACAUCAUCUCGAAAUUCUUUGAUGAAGGCACUCGUGACAAGAUUCAGAUCGCAGAUCCGCAGAACACCAUGGCUGUUCUGAGCCAAUUCAUGGAUCCAAAGUGGAUUCCAGAGGCUUUGGGUGGGACGCAUCGAAUCGGAGAGAGUGCUUGGUGCGAGCCUUGCAUACCCAGUCCACAAGGGCCUCCAUCCGAGGACACAAUGAGGAGUUUGCAGUCGACGUAUGGCGAUGGUUAG